AUGGGCGCCAAAACCCCCAUCCUCUCCGCCAUCUCCAUCUUCUUCCUCGCCGGCGGCAUUGUCCUCUCCCUCUUCAUCAUCCUCUCCGGCGCGAUCAACACCCUGCCCAUGAACCAAGUCUUCUUCCUGCAGGCCGAAACCAACGGCAUCUCCGGCUCCUCCAACAACCCCGUCCCCAACCCCGCGCGCUGGACCUACUUCGCCGUCUGCGGCGCGCGCAACGGCAACAAUGCCAACUGUGGACCGGUCACGGCGGCGCUGCCGUUUGAUCCGCGCAGGAACUUCCAGACGAUGAAUGGGCUUCCGCAGGGGUUUAGGAAUAAUGACGACUACUACUAUGAAAGCAGAGCGGCCUGGGCUUUCUACAUCAUCGCCCUGUUCUUCGCCGUCAUGGCGCUGUUCUUGAGCUUGCUCGCGCUUUGCUCCCGAUUGGCCGCCAAAUUCACCGGCAUGAUGGCGCUCAUCGCCGUCGUGAUGCAAGCAGUCGCCGCAGGCCUCAUGACCGCCUGGACCGUCCAAGCCCGCGACGCCUUCCGCAGCAACGGCCAAUCCGCCUCCCUCGGCAAAUACGGUUACGGCUUCUCCUGGGCCGCUUUCGCCUGCUGGCUCAUCGCCGCCGUCCUGCUGUGCGUCGGUGGCAGCGGAGACCGCGGCGACUCGUCGGGCCAGAAGAAGAGCUAUUUCGGGCGCAAGAGGAGCACGCGCAGCAGGGGCAGCUUCCGGGAUAGCGAGAGCGGGCGGAGGGUGAAGGAUGAGUAUGAGUAA